AUGAGAGCUGUCUUCCUCCCAGGUGCUGAAGAGCAGCCAGCAGCCUUCUGCUACCAGGUGAAUGGGUCAUGCGCUAGGACAGUCCACCCUCUGGCCAUCCAGGUCAUCAUCUACCUGGCCUGCACAAUAGGUGUGCUGACCACAGUCCUGGGGAAUUUGUUUGUGGUGUUUGCCGUCUCCUAUUUUAAAGUACUCCACACUCCCACCAACUUUCUGCUGCUCUCCCUGGCCCUGGCUGACAUGUUGCUGGGUCUGCUGGUGCUUCCGCUGAGCACGGUACGCUCUGUGGAGAGUUGCUGGUUCUUUGGGGACUUCCUCUGCCGUCUGCAUACCUACCUGGACACGCUGUUCUGUCUCACCUCCAUCUUCCAUCUCUGUUUUAUUUCCAUUGACCGUCAUUGUGCCAUCUGCGACCCACUGCUCUAUCCCUCCAAGGUGACAGUCAGGAUAGCCCUCCGCUACAUCGUGGCAGGGUGGGGGAUCCCGGCCGCCUACACUGCCUUCUUUCUCUACACAGACGUGGUAGAGAGAGGGCUCAGCCAGUGGCUAGAAGAGAUGCCCUGUGUGGGCAGCUGUCAGCUGCUGUUUAAUAAGUUCUGGGGUUGGCUAAACUUCCCUGCAUUCUUUGUUCCCUGUCUCAUCAUGAUCAGUUUGUACGUGAAGAUCUUUGUGGUUGCUACCAGGCAGGCUCAGCAGAUCAGCGCCCUGAACCAAAGCUUGGCUGGGGCUGUCAAGAGGGAAAGAAAAGCCGCCAAGACGCUGGGCAUCGCUGUGGGCAUCUACCUUGUGUGUUGGCUCCCCUUCACCAUUGACACACUAGCUGACAGUCUCCUUAACUUCAUCACGCCACCCCUGGUCUUUGACAUCUUUAUCUGGUUUGCUUAUUUCAAUUCAGCCUGUAACCCCAUCAUUUACGUCUUCUCCUACCGGUGGUUUAGGAAGGCACUGAAACUUCUCCUGAGCCGGGAGAUCCUCUCGCCAACUAUUGAUUUGUACCGUGACUGAUGCCAUGCCACACUCAGCAGGAGGGAGGAGGGUCCUAUUGCCACAGGCUGUGGUGUUCCCCUAGUUUGUAGGCAGCUUCCAGGGCUUAA